UAAUAUUCUUUUUUAAUUAAUUAAACUACAGGAACCUUUCAUCUUUAAUCAAGUAAAGCCUUGACUGAAAGUUAAAGAAAUAGAAAUUAUUACAAAACAAUUGCAAUAUAAAACUGGGCUAAAGAAAACUAAACUGAUCAAUGAUCUCAAGGAAUUGAGGACAUGAUGGUUAAAAUGGUUUCCUCUGUCCGACCAUCUGAUUGGAUAACAGGAUCUGUUUCCUCUGCAGGAUGUUGUCUCCAUCCACCACUUGUCUCCCCACCUCCUCCUCCCCUCCUCCACCCCCUCGGACGGUGACCUCUGACCAUCAUUACAUUACCAUGGAAACCUACUGGAGAGAAGUGCAGAGUAUUGAGGAGGAGAAGGAGGGAGACGAAGAAGAAGAAGAAGAAGAAGAAGAAGAGAGGAGGAGCAUGGACGAGGUGGAAGUGGAGGAGGCGUGGCUCAUGGAGGCAGGGUUAUCCUCUCUGGUAACAGGCUCCUCGUCAGAAGAGGCAUCACCGCCACCAGCCGAAGUACUGCUGUCAACACUGACACGGCAACAAGCCGCUACAGUGAGAAAGAGGCUGGACAACUACAAUGAGACGCUGAAGACCAGGAACAGGCAGCCAAUCAGAGAUGUCCGGGACAUCUUCACUGAGUUUGUGCCUGACAAUGACUCGGCAGACAGAAGUGCUUCUCCUCCCACUCACCGUGCUGAGUCACCACCAAGUCGAUACCACACCACCACCAAAACCAUUCGCCGAAACACUCACAGAGUUCGCCCAACUCUGCCAACGCUUGUUUUUGAGGAUCAAUUGCCUGAACACCCAUCAUCCCCAACAAACACACUCUCACCGACAAACACAGAGUUUCCAACACACACUCCUUCUCCGCCUCACACACACUCGAGACGAGCUGACUGGCUGCUGCGGGACUCUCCAUACUCAGAGGGCGUGGCUGAGCACAAACGGGGCGGGGCUUGUUGGGACUGUCUGCGUUUCCAUGGAGAUGGCAGUGGUGACCUGCCGUUUUUACCCAUCUCACCUUCUGAGGGGCUCACCUGGGCAGACGACCUGUCAUCACGUGACAUCAUCCGUCUUGGCUUCAUCUCUCACAUCGAGCUCUCCACCUUCUUGCUCACUCUGGGUGUCCAAACCAAAUGCACCCGCCCACCGCGUGUCAGGAGCAGGGACAGUGGUGUGUUCGGGGUUCCUCUGAACUCGCUGUUAGAGAACGACAGAAAGAAGUUUCCUGGGGUCAAAGUUCCUAUUGUCUUCCAGAAGUUGUUGUGUAUUUUAGAGACUGGCCUGCAGACUGAAGGGAUACUGAGAGUACCAGGAUCAGCUGCUAGACUGAAGUACCUGCGUAGAGAGUUAGACAGGUGUUGCGGAGGGUUUGACUGGUCUGCAGUGAGACAGGUGGAUGCUGCAGGUCUGCUGAAGCUCUUCAUCAGAGAGUUGCCAACACCUCUGCUGACACACACACAUCUGUCGACCUACCGCUCUGUGCUGGGUAUCUCCUCUGUGGUCCAUCAGGUUCAAGCUCUGCAACUGCUGUCGCUGUUGCUUCCUGAAGCGAACAGAGAAACACUCAGAGCCCUGCUGAUCUUCCUGCGUAAGGUUGUCUCUCAUCAGGACCAGAACAGGAUGUCUCUGAGGAAUGUUUCUAUGGUAAUGGCGCCCAACCUGUUCCCCUGCUGUCAUCCAGGCAACAAGCGCCCUUUCACCAAGCAACGGGAGGAGAUGGAAGAGGCGGUGGGUGGAGCUCACCUGAUCCGUCUAAUGGUCACGCACCAGGACCUGCUGUGGACUGUCCCCAGCUUCCUGCUGUCCCAGGUGAGACACAUGAACCAGGCAUCCAAUCAGAAACAACACGGCCUGACCAAGACAAAAAGAAGACUGCUGGGGAGGAAGAACGACAAGAACGACAGAAACCAGAUCCCAGAGCUGUGUGACGGGGUCAUCAGGGUUCAUGCCCCCCUGAACACCAAGGUCUCCAUGGCGAUACAACUUGAUGGACAGACCAGAGCCAAAGAUAUCACUGCCCGUUUUGAGUGUGACAACAGUCAUGUUCAGCGUUUGUAUGAAGUCGGAGGAAACAUCACUGAGCGCCGUCUCCAUCCGGACUGCCUGUUGUUGGAUGUCUACAGGGUGAAUCCUCACUGUGAUUGGCUGAUCAAACCCUGACACGCAGCCUGUCUCACCUCUGGCUGAGUGUCUGUCUCUCAUGUCCCACACAGCCUGUCUCACCACCUCUCAGAAGUGUGACAGCUGGUCUCACCACUAACCUGUGGGACAGUUUAACUGACACCUUACAGAUGUGCGUCAUCAUGGUGACAGCAGUGGCAUCACAUCCUUAUUCAAGUUUUAAAACACAAACUGUUUCGUCACAGAUGACCCAGCAGGGACCUCGUCUUCCUCUCUGUUAGCUGCUCUACUUCCUCAUCAGUUCAAAUGCAGUUGAUGUAAAAACUUGCUGGUAUUAAA